AUGCGAAUCCCUAUUGCCGUGCAGCUGGCGCUGCUGGUUCUGUUGACUGCUCUAUCGGGAAUUGCCGUCCUUGCCAUUGCAACAUGGACUACCACAUACGACUUUGUGGUUGGAGUUGAAUCUCAAAGCUUGGAACUCGUGGCGACAAUAAAGGCGAGCGAAAUCGAAACGAAUCUAGAACUUCUAGAAGUCACCUGCAAAACAAUCGCGACCCGUCUUCUAGUCCAGUCCGCUCUCCGACGUUACUAUGAGGGUAAUACAUCCACCAGCAAUUGGGUCAACGCCAUAGCGGAUAUGCAGUCGGCUCUGGGAAGUCGGGGAUAUCUGAGUCUUUACCAAGCCACUCUGUACUCGAGCCAUAGUAAUGGUAGUGAAUGGGAUGGCCGACUGCUCAACGUCACAAGUGACAGCGUCCCGGAGAUCAAAUUACCAUAUACAUAUAGUAAUGGAAGCUCGGUGAUGCUGGGGGAUAGUGACUUGGGGUACCCAACGAGCCUCUACCCCAACCUAACAUACACCAACUCAUCCGAUGGGAACGGAACAGUUAUCAGUGCUUUCCCCGACUAUACCCUGGGCUUGAACACCGAGUUAUUGUUAGGCCCACUAACCGUUAAUGACUCAUUUUCCUUGGUCUCUUUGACUCUUCCCAUCGUGAACGAUACAUCCGACGCUGAUAUCCUGGGAUACAUGACGGUGGUGGCGAGUGCUGCGAGCUUGCAAAGUGUUCUGAGUUCCCGUGAAGGCAUGGGAGACACUGGGCAGGUUCUUCUCAUAGGCCCCUCAAGACCUCAAAAUACAUUCGCUUCAGAUGCCCAACCUGCGACCGCGACUUCCUCCGCCGAUGCCGACCAGCUGAGAGAUGCUUCCGUGCACUACGUGUUUCAACCUACAGCAUUACCAGGACAGACCAAUCGUCAUCUGAAUAUGACCACGAGCGACCCAUUUUUAUUGUCGAAAUACCAAAUCGCCCUCACGCUGAUGUUAGAACCAUACCAAAAUAGGAACAAGGCGAUAAGUGACUUGUCAACGAGGAAUGAGCUUGGCUACCAUGUUGCCGUGGGCGCUAUCCGUCCUGAAACUUCCCUUGUUCAGUGGAUAUUGCUAGCCGAGGAGACGCACGCGGAAGCAUUCCAUCCUGUCUAUCGCUUGCGAAGGAUCAUUCUUGCAUGUGUUUUCGGAACCGCGGGUCUGAUUCUAUUUAUUAUUCCUCUUCUGACCCAUUGGGCUGUUGCCCCAAUUCGACGCCUACGCGAAGCAGCGAAAAGGUCAGUGAUGCCAGAUCUUGCACCUGAGCCACGGAUGAGAAGGAAUGAGCAGAGUGGCCAUGGUACAGUGAUAGUGCAGACUGAGAAUGGAAUCAGCGAGAAAGCCCCGUCAUUCCUGACGAGACGCCUGCGAGCACCAACGGAACGCCUACACAGUCCAAGAGAUGUGACUAGCGAAGGACUUACAAGAUCUUCGCGUGUUCCGGAACGAGUGAAAGAGCGUAGUCACUGUGUGACUGAUGAGCUAACCGAGCUCACUAAGACCUUCAAUGAGAUGUCUGAUGAGUUGACGAUUCAAUAUCAUCGAUUGGAGGAACGUGUGGCGGAGAGAACUCGGGAACUGGAGAAAGCAAAAUUGGCAGCCGAAACUGCCAACGAGAGCAAGACCUUGUUCAUUGCUAACAUAUCCCAUGAGCUCAAAACACCUCUCAAUGGGAUUCUUGGGAUGUGUGCAGUGUGUAUGGGAGACGAAGAUCUCUCACGCAUCAAACGAUCCCUCAAGGUGGUUUAUCAAUCGGGUGACCUUUUGCUUCACCUGCUCAAUGAUCUGUUGACAUUCAGCAAAAAUCAGAUUGAUCAGGCUAUCCAGCUCGAUGAAAAGGAAUUCAGAAUCUCUGAUAUCAGAGCGCAACUGGCCAUUAUCUUCCAGAACCAAGUACACGAAAAACAGAUGGACUUCAAUAUUCACUGCUUGAAUCCAGAAAACGCUCUGUGUCUAGAUCAUGACGAUUCUGUUGGUACUAUGAUCAGGCCAACCCCUGGCAGGCUUAUGGAUAUGGUACUUCUUGGUGACCAGCACCGCAUCCUGCAAGUUUUGAUCAACCUGGUUGGUAAUAGCUUGAAGUUUACACCAGAACAUGGCAAGGUUGACGUUCGGAUUCGUUGUCUGGGAGAAGUACCCCGGUUUGAGAGUGCCACGCCGUUCAGACCAGAAUCAAAAGACAAAUUUACUCUACGGUCGCAAAGCCUCAACAGUCAAAUUUCGAAUAUAGACCCAAUCGCACUUGACGCGAAAAACCCUGGAAAAGAUAGAAAUCUUGAUGGAUCAGACUUUGUCACAUGGAUGUUCGAAUUCGAGGUUCGCGAUAACGGACCCGGUAUCCCGGUCGCUUUACAAAGACGCAUCUUCGAUCCUUUUGUACAAGGCGAUUUAGGAUUGAACCGCAAGUACGGAGGCACAGGCUUAGGCCUCAGCAUCUGCGCCCAACUAUCUCGCAUCAUGGGUGGGAGUAUCGAUUUGGAUAGUGAAGAAGGCAAGGGAUCUACUUUCACAUUGAGGAUACCCUUGAGAUUUGUGAAGGAGAUUGCUCCAAGUUCACUUAUUUCCAGUAAUGCAGGAUCACGAACACCAAGUGUGCUGUCCUUGGGGGAGUUUUCAACAGGUGCUCGGCCUUCUUCAACACAAGGCUCGGUGAAAGGGGAACCCAUCGCUCCCAGCUUUGAGAAAUCGGAUCUCCAGCCACGACUUGUUGGACUCAGCCAACCAUUUUUUACACCAACUGUCCCUUCAUCACCCCAGUCGUCUUCAAAUGGCACAUCGCCUACUAAACUGCACGCUAAAAAUGAGAGUUCGAGGAAGAUUCGCGUUCUCGUCGCUGAGGAUAAUACUGUAAACCAGGAAGUGGUUCGCCGAAUGCUUGCACUUGAAGACGUAUAUGACGUGACAAUGGUCAAGGAUGGACAGGAGGCCUAUGACACAGUGAAACUGAACAUGGAAAGAGGCAGUCUCUUCGACCUGAUCUUCAUGGAUAUUCAGAUGCCCAACUUGGACGGUCUCCAAAGUACACGUUUGAUCCGAGAGAUGGGAUAUUCUGCUCCAAUCGUGGCACUUAGUGCCUUCGCAGAAGAGAGCAAUGUGAAGGACUGCAUGGACUCGGGAAUGGACAUGUUCAUUAGUAAACCAAUUCGACGGCCAGCCUUGAAGCAAGUCUUAAAUAGGUUUGCGACGAUUAUAGAGGAAUCUGAGCCCGGGCCUGGAGGAUAA